CACCUCCGGCGAGGAAGGGCCGCUUCGCUUUACGGCAGCGCCCGCCGGCGGCAGGAGGAAGGAGCGCGGCACGUGGGGUGGCGGCGAGCGCGGCCGGCGGCGCCAUGAAGCGGCCCAAGCUGCGGAAGGCCAGUAAGAGGCUGAGCUGCCACAAGCGCUACAAGAUCCAGAAGAAGAUCAGAGAACACCACCGAAAAGUCAGGAAGGAGGCCAAAAAGCGUGGACGCAAAAAGCCCAAGAAGGAUCCUGGUGUUCCCAGUGCUGCGCCGUUUAAGGAAGAGCUUCUGCGGGAGGCAGAGCAAAGAAAGCAGAGGCUUGAAGAACUAAAACAAAAGCAGAAGCUCAACAGACAGAAAGAACAUGAAAAGAAGAGGAAGCUUGAAGCUAAAAAGAAUGCAGCCAAAAUCCAGGAAAAAGCAGAGGGAAAGGAUUCCUCUGCCAAAUCUAAAGCAAAGCCUAAGAAACUGCCGAAUAAAAAUUCGAAGAAAUCAUUUUGCAGGGAGCUCCAGAAGGUGAUUGAGGCCUCAGAUGUGGUUCUAGAAGUUUUAGAUGCCAGAGAUCCAAUGGGCUGCCGGUGUCCUCAACUGGAGCAAGCUGUAACUUGCUCUGGAGGAGACAAAAAGCUACUGCUGGUUCUGAACAAAACUGAUUUAGUGCCAAAGGAGAACUUAGAGAAAUGGUUGAAUUAUUUGAAGAAGGAGUUUCCAACAGUCGCUUUUAAAUCAGCAACGCUGAUGAAGGACAAGACUAUGCAGGAACAAGUCACAAAAAGACGUGCUCGUGUUGAUCUAUCAAGAACCACUGAAUGUUUUGGAAGCAAAUGCCUCGUGAAACUUCUUCAAGAGUACGGCAAGACUCAGAACAAAGCCAUUCAGGUUGGCGUAGUAGGUUUUCCUAAUGUGGGAAAGAGCAGCAUCAUCAACAGUCUUAAAGGAGUUCGAGCUUGCAAUGUUGGCCUAACAAGAGGUGUUACCAAGUCCAUGCAAAUUGUGCACAUUGAUAAACAGACAAAGAUCUUAGACAGUCCAAGUAUAAUUGCAGAUCCUUCCAACAGUUCCCUGGCUCUGGCCUUGAGAAGUAUCAUAGACACAGAAGAAUCAGGGUCAGCAGAUGUGCUUGAAGCAGCAGAUGCCAUUCUGAAUCACUGCAGUAAACAGCAGGUAACGAUUCACUAUAGCAUCCCAGAUUUCAGCAACACUGAAGAGUUUUUAACUUUACUUGCUCAGAAAAGGGGCAUGCUGAAAAAGGGAGGCGUUCCUGACGUAGAGAAUGUAGCUAAAUUACUACUAUGUGACUGGACGGGAGCUAAAAUAAGCUACCACUCACAACCUCCAGGAUCCUGGAGACCGCCACCAUACCUUACAGAAAAAAAAAUAGCUGAAAUGCAGGAGUGCUUUAAUUUAAAUAAGCUAGAAGAAGAAAACAACACCACUGUUCAAGCUUUGAAACAGCCCAGUCCAGCAAGCAGCAUAAUUUUCCAGUCAAGUGGUAUGGUAAAUGGGACGAUAGAGGAAAAUAAAGUGAUAGAGGAAACACCGGAGUGGGAAAACUUGGAAACAAGCAAGGAGGGGGACACAGAAGAAGAAGAGGAUUUCACAGAAAGUGAUGAUGAUCCAGACGAUGUGGAAGAAGAAGAAGAAAUGGAUGUCGAAGAGGAAAGCAAAGUUCAGGUCACCAGGAAAGCAAAGCUUGGAAAACGACAGACAAGUCCUACAAAUUCAGAAAAACAGAUAGCAGAAAGCGAACAUUCCAAUUCACUGUCACUCAACUUGGAUAAGACAGCAGAUGAAGAUGAUGCCUAUGAUUUUAACACAGACUAUGUGUAAGGAAUUAUGCGUGAAGACAUGGUUUGGAGACUCUUUCAGAAGAGUCAUGAAGACUUGUGUUGCAGCAGAAGUUGGAGGAAUGCUGCAAAGAUUCACAAUUAUUGAUGUAUCAAAUAAUGUAUAUACUAGUGUAUUUCCCUUGAUCAUUUCAGAUUUUAUGCAAAUCUAGGAAACUGACUGUAUUCAGCUUUUAACUCCUAAACUUUAUUUCCUGUAUUAAAAAAAAAGCCUAUUUAAAAAAAUUUCUAGUAGACGGAGGUAAUUCUAGUCAUGUUCAAGCAAUUACAUUUCAUGGUAAGUUUUCAUACUCCCUUCCAGAGGAUUACAGAGACAUUACUGCUAGAGCGUGACUCAAAUCAGUUAAGUUUUCAGUAUACUUCUGCAAAAAAUUGUAGAACUUUCAUUUGUAAAAGUUGUCUAGAAAAUGCCACUUAUUUCAGCUGGGCAUCAGGUAUUUUAUCUAAGUGCUGUUUCAGAAGCUUCACUGGGAAAGGUAACUGAGAUUACAUUAGCAAUCUGUCUUCACCAGGGAACAAGCUUCUUGUUCUUAUGAUGCUCUCAAACAAAAGAUAUAUUUCCUGAUGACACCUAUUAUACAUGGCAACAACUGGUAACUGUAAAGCAAAACGUUGCUCUGUGUUGUAUGGACCUGUAAUUGCACUGAGCCUGUACUGGAACUGGGGGAGCAAGAGAAUGACCCAACAAUUUAGAAUAAACACCUGACACCAGGCA